AUGGCCUCCAGCAUGUCGCUUCGGGGUUACUCUGUCAGUCGACAGCCGUCUUUCUCCACUCGUUCCCUGAUGGACACCGGCCGCUCCCGCGCCUCAGUAUCGUUUUCCCCCGGCGGCGCCUUGACCCGUUCGGCAUCGGUCAGCCACGACCUGAACGGGCCGGCGAGCUUGCAGAUGAACGGGUUGCACGGUAACAGCACCAACGAGAAAGAGGCCAUGCAGAGUCUCAACAACCGUCUUGCCAAGUACCUGGACAAGGUGCACUCGCUGGAACGCUCCAACGCCGACCUAGAAAUGAAAAUCAAGCAAGUGAUGAUUGAGCGCAUUCCCAAAGGCCAUGACUUGGACUCCAUGAUGGCCCAAGCUCACGCCAUUGAGCAGGAGGUGAGGAAGAAGACCUUGGAAAAUGCUCGUCUCAUGUUGGAAAUCGAUAAUGCCAGACUGGCUGCUGAUGACUUCAGGAUCAAGUGGGAGACCGAGCUGGUGAUGUGUCAGUCGGUGGAGCGAGACUGCGUGGCGCUGAAGAAGGCCAAGAGCGACCACGAGCAGAUUAUUGCCUCCCUCAGGGGUGACCUGGACAGCCUGAAAGAGGAACUUUACUUCCUUAGGAAGAACCACGAGGAGGAACUCGAGCAGAUGAAGUCUCGUAUAGCCCGCGAUGAGGUGAACGUGGAGGUGGACUCAGCCCAGGGACCAGAGCUUGGAGCCAUUCUGUCUGAUCUGCGAAUCCAGUACGAAGGCAUUGUGAAGAAAAACAAGGAACAUGCCGAACAGUGGUACCGCAAGAAGCUGGAGGCGGUGCAGAACGAUGUGAAGGAGAGCAAUGAGGCCUUGAGAUGUGCGCAGAGCGAGUUAGUCGAGAGGCAGCGCUUUCUUCAAACCCUCGAGGUGGAGCUGGAGAGUUUGCAGAAGCAGGUUGCAGCCCUGGAGGGUAACUUGGGCGAAGCAAGUCACAAAUAUGGCACUGAGAUGGAGCGUCUGCAGGUCACCCUUAACCAACUGGAAGAGGAACUGUCCCAGCUCCGGUUGGACAUGCAGCGCACUAAAACCGACUAUGAGCAGCUCCUACGCAUUAAACAGAACCUGGAGAUGGAAAUUGCCACCUACAGGCGCCUACUGGAAGGAGAGGAAAGCAUUAAGGAAGUCCCACCACCACCAAAAAAAGAGCCUGACGUUCGCACCCGGAAGAUUGUGAAAGUGGUGACGCAGACCAUGGUCAAUGGCAAGGUAGUGGAUGAGUCCAGUGAGGUGGAGCAAAUUGAGGAGACCAAGAAAUAG